UUUCAUUAUCUAUGAUUGUUUGCCCUACUCUUCCAAUAAAAGAUUGCCGUAAACCCCUACCUCUUUCCAUUUGCAGAAACCGCAAGCAAGCAAAUCCCCAACGUCAACUCCUCUUCUCUCUCUCUCUCUCUCUCUCUCUCUCUCUCUCUCUCUCUCUCUCUCUCCUGAUAUCUGAUUCGCACCACCACGCCCGCAAAUACCCGAUUUUUAAAAUCUCUAUCAACGAUUCAACGAUCCCCAAUAGCAUCAAUAACAUCCAGUGCUUCAAUCCGAUACAUUUAUUUUUUACUUUUUUGUUAAAUUCCUGAUUCGUGGACAUUUAACUAUUCCUAAUUUCGCACCAAAUUCGUUGCGUCCCCAUAAUAAUAACUGCAAUCAGUUCCACUUAGGGUUUGUUUUCAAUCUAUCCCGAUGUGGUGAUCCCUAACUUGUACUCCGUACUUCAUUUCCAUUUCGUUUAUUGCUUUUUAUCUCUUCGUAUUAUUCCCUCCAAAAUAGCAUUCUUUUUCCAAUUCAUUUCCUCCCAUUUUCGACUAAAAUGGAUAAGGGUACAUUCUGAGAGUAUUUCUUUUUGCAAGUUUUUUCAGUAUUUAAAGUUGAAUAUUGGUCAAAGUGAAGCCUGUUAUCUGUGUUUACUAUAAACAUAUAUAAAGUUUUGUUCGUUGGGGGAUUUUCAUCCCUGUUUGCUAUAAAAAAGAAGAAGAAGAAGAUUAAAAAACAUCAAGUUUUGUGCCUUUGGCGGUUUUUUUGUUGCUUUGGGUGCAAAAUAGGAACCAGCAUAGUACAGGGAGCCGAUAGCCACGUCCAUGGGCGAGGAUGAGGGCUGGGCAGAGCCAAGUGGGCUACUACGGCCAAAUGGCCUAUUGGCCAAUGCAGGUCCGGUGAUUCGAGUUCUCGACUCGGAGAGAUGGUCAAAGGCCGAGGAGAGAACUGCAGAGCUCAUUGCCUGCAUUCAGCCCAACCCACCAUCGGAAGGACGCCGGACCGCUGUUGCCGAUUACGUGCAACGGCUCAUUAUGAAGUGCUUCCCAUGCCAGGUGUUCACUUUUGGGUCUGUACCCCUCAAGACUUAUUUACCCGAUGGAGACAUUGACUUAUCGGCCUUCAGUAACAAUGGGGACUUAAAGGACACAUGGGCUAAUCAUGUUCAUGAUAUGCUGAAGGGUGAGGAAGAGAAUGAGAAUGCUGAAUUUCGUGUAAAGGAAGUUCAGUAUAUUCAAGCAGAAGUAAAGAUAAUAAAAUGUCUUGUGGAAAAUAUUGUUGUAGACAUAUCCUUUAAUCAGCUUGGUGGGCUAUGCACUCUUUGUUUCCUAAUGCUGGUUGAUCAUUUGAUUAGUCAGAAUCAUUUACUCAAGCGUAGCAUUAUAUUAAUUAAGGCGUGGUGUUACUAUGAGAGCCGUAUACUGGGUGCUCACCAUGGACUUAUUUCAACUUAUGCCCUGGAGACCUUGGUUCUUUACAUUUUUCAUGUUUUCAACAAUUCCUUUACUGGACCACUAGAGGUCCUUUACCGUUUUCUGGAGUUCUUUAGUAACUUUGACUGGGAUAACUUUUGUGUAAGUCUGUGGGGUCCUGUACCCAUUAGAUCACUUCCAGAUGUGACAGCUGAACAUCCCAGAAAGGAUAAGGGAGAGUUACUACUUAGCAAAUUAUUUCUCGAUGCUUGUAGCUCAGUCUAUGCUGUUUUCCCAAGUGGCCAAGAAAAUCAGGGCCAGCAUUUUGUUUCCAAACAUUUCAAUGUUAUUGAUCCAUUACGCGUAAACAACAACCUUGGGCGUAGUGUUAGUAAAGGUAAUUUUUUUAGAAUACGCAGUGCAUUUGCAUUUGGGGCGAAAAGGCUCGCAAGAUUACUUCACUGCCCCAAAGAGAACCUAGUUUAUGAAGUAAAUCAGUUCUUUAUGAACACAUGGGAUAGACAUGGCAGUGGUAAUCGCCCUGAUGCGCCAAGAACUGACUUGUGGUACUUGACAUUAUCAACUCCACAUCAACUACACAGGCCCGAGAAUCUGAAAAACAUUCCAAGUGCCAAAACGUUGAAUGACAAUUCUUCUGGUUGUGAUGUUGAAGUUGUUGAAUCCCGUUUACAUAAUAUUUCCUCCCAACAUAGCAAUCUUUCCACAGAAAACACAUCUAGAAGUCCCAACAUUUUUGCAGUUCUUCCUACUGAAAACCAAAAGACUUAUGGCAAUCUGAACAGCUCUAGGGUAUCAGAUCCAGUUGCACAAGGAGUUGGUUCUAAUUUGGGCGUGCAUCAGAGAAAUUUUAGAUCUCAUCAUUUGGUAAAUGAUAUUCAGGGUAGGUUUCUUUUCGCGAGGACACGUUCUAGUCCUGAGCUUUCGGACACAUAUAGUGAUGUCUCUUCUCGAGGAAGGCAUGACAGAACACCAGAAAGUGGGAAAACUCAGCCUACCUCCACAAGACAGGAUAGUAGCAGGUGGAAUAAUCAAAGAUCUGAACUUUUAAUAAACCAUAGUUCUCAAUCUUCCACUGAUGAUCCUGCACCUAUCCGAGAAAUUCCAUUCAAUCAAAGCCUCGAGUCUGCUGUUGACUCGACCAGUGGUUUCUAUAGGCAUCGGCGUGAAUUGGGUGGUGAUGAAUUUACUUCUGUAAGUGGGACCCAUGGGAUGCAUCAGGAAGAGCAAGAUCUUGUCAACUUCAUGGCAUCUUCAAGUCUUAAUGGACAGGUUCAUGUGCCACUGAAUUUAGCAUCGCCUCACCGACCUAUUCAAAUGUCACCAUCCAUUCUAGCUUCAAUGGAAUAUGCUCAGAGGACUUUGGCUGGAAUGGUUCCCCAAAAUGUAUCCUCGAUUGAUCCUUCUUUUUCAAACAUGCAGUUUCCUCAAGGUUUCGUGUCUCCGCCACUGACCCGUUACUUUCCUGGAUUGACCCAAAAUUUUCCCGAUGCUAUUGAACCAGGAAAUGGAAAUUUCGGUUCCAUGAAGAUGAAAACAGGAGAGGUCCAUCAUGAUUUCUGGAAGGAUGUGGGUUCCACGGAAGGCUUUGAGUCUGAUAGUGGACAUCAUGACAUUCUUCAGUCCGAUGAGAAGCCAGAGUCAAGUGUUAAUUUUGUUCCAUCAUCUCGGUUAAGUGGUUCAGGUAGCUCAAUGAGAGUUAAGCAGAGGUCCACCAAAGAAAACCGAGGAUCAAUGCAGGAAGAUCACGAAUAUGGUUUCCCAUAUCAAGAUAACAGAGGAAAGGGCGUUUACUUUGAUGACAGAACUACAAGUCGAAGGUUCUCAUCCGCAGCCCACAGUAGUUCUCUAAGAAGUAAAACUUCUUCAGAGAGUUCUUGGGAUGGAUCAUCAGCAAAGGUCUCAAAGUCUACAAGGGAAAAGAGGGGAAAGAAAACAGUUGUUGCCGAGAUUUCUUCUACGUGUGGAAAAUAUAGAAACGCGUCCGAAAAUACUAAUCAAGUCGAGGAGGAUGAGAGUGACUGGAAUUCCCUAUCAACCAUGAGUGGUGAGAUGGAAGAAAGAAACUCAGGACCUCAGCCUUUUGGAAACUUACACGGCCUGAGGCAGCACGUAUCUGGCUAUGAUUUAGCUCAGACAAGUGGGUCAGACUCCAUGAUACCCAUUGCUCCGGUGCUCUUAGGUCCUGGUUCUCGUGAAAGCUCGUUGGAUAAUUCUGGGGGGGUUCCUUUUGCAUUUUAUCCUACAGGGCCACCUGUUCCAUUUAUUACAAUGCUUCCUUUCUAUAAUGUUCCACCUGAAAUGAGAACUUCGGAUUCAUCGACGAGCCAUUUUAGUGGUGAAGAUAAUUUGAUUUCAUCUGAGGAGAUUGAUCAUUCUGAGCAAUUAAGUACUACUAGUUCUUCAAUGAGGGCUGCUUUUGUUGGGACUGGUAAUGAACAUAAAUCCGAUAUUCUUAACAGUGACUUUACUAGCCACUGGCAAAAUUUGCAGUUUGGGCGGCUUUGCCAAAACCCAUGUUACCAGGGGCCUUUGAAUUAUCAUUCACCCGUUGUUGUGCCACCUAUGUACCUGCAAGGCCGUGUACCAUGGGAUGGUCCGGGAAGACCGGUUUCAGCCAAUACCAACGCACUUACUCAGAUAAUGGGUUAUGGCCAUCGCCUUUUUCCCGUUGCUCCACUCCAACAUGUUCCCAACAGACCUCCCAAUGUCUAUCAACAGCAUGCUGAUGAGGUCCCAAGAUAUCGUAGUGGGACUGGAACCUAUCUGCCGAAUCCUAAGGUUUCUGUUAGGGACCGAAAUUCUUCAGGUGCUAGAAGGGGAAGUUACCACAAUGAUAGAAGUGACAACCAUGGUGAUAGAGAGGGGAAAUGGAAUAACUCCUCAAAAUCAAGAGCUGCUGGGCGCCAUCACAGUCGCAGCCAAACCGAGAAGUCAAGCUCGCGGUUGCAAUCACAUUCCCAAAACGGUCCAUCGCACUCUGAUUCCAGUCAUGCUCCUCCCAACAUGGCAUAUAGCAUGUAUCAGUUACCAGUCAGGAACCCUAGUGGAAUUUCAUCAAAUGGACAAACUCUUCCAUCUGUUGUCAUGCUAUAUCCGUUUGACCAUAACACAAGUUAUAGUUCACAUGCUGAACAGCUUGAGUUUGGGUCUCUUGGGCCAGUGGGUUUCACCUGUACGAACGAACGACAGCUAAGCGAGGGAAGUCAAGCCAAAGAACAACGGUUUCACAGGGCCUCUGUUCUGCGGUCAUCCCCAGAUCAGCCAUCUUCACCCCAUCUCCAAAGGAGGCUUUGAUUAUUUUGCCAGAUCGGUGGCCCAGAGGAACUAUGAGUUGAAAGAAGAGGAUUUCCCACCCCUUGCAUUUCCGAACCAGGUAGAAAAUGAUUAAAUCAUAAUGAGAAAGCUUCUAACUACCAAGCCUUGUUGUCACGUCAUUCACAAAGGAAACACCUGGUAUCUUGAUAAGAUGAUUGCUUAAAUCUUGCUUACUAAUACGGUCACCCUCAAUGCUAGUUUAGCACGUGUAUGUAAACUACCAAGUCAUAUCUAACCCACUGCCUUUUCUGACGACAUGGAAGCGUGGUGGGAAGGGGGAAGCUGGACCUGUUCAGAUUUUUCUCCUUUUUCGGGUUUCCUUAUAGGCCUUGACGAUUGUAUUACCCCUUGAGAACUCUCAUGUGGUUAAGAAAAUAGGGUUUUACGUUGUUAUAACGCUAUUAUAGUCAGGCAUAUCUUCACACUGUCGUAGGGUUUUGAUUGAUAAAUUCCCUGUGCACUUGCCGCCUUUAGCUCUUGUUCAGGACGUUAACAGUGUAACAACAGCAGCUUGGUUAAGAUGAAAUUAGAUGUCAAAGAACUCCAUAUUUCAUCAAAGCAUGAAUGGGUCUCAUAUUUUUAUGGACAUAAUAAUUGUAUCGU